AUGGCGGGCGGGUUUCCUCUUCGGAAAUGGGUGGCCAACCACCUCAACAUCCUGGACGGCGUUCCGCACGAGCACCGGCUGACCCACUCACCUCACUCGUGGUCACACGAGAGUCACACAACACUGGGUCUUCACUGGCACCCGGCCACUCCAGUCUUCCUUUGGUCGGACUCCAGGGUCACUCUUCACUGGAUCCACGGACACGCCUCCCGCUGGAAGACCUACGUGGCCAACAGAGUGUCGCUGAUCCAGGAGCGGCUACCCGAGGCGCGGUGGCGACAUGUGCCGGGCAAGGACAACCCAGCUGACUGCGCCUCCCGAGGAGUUCUGCCCAGCGACCUGGUCGGUCAUCCUCUGUGGUGGACGGGACCAUCCUGGCUUUUAGAGGACCAAGCAAGGUGGCCGAACAACGACGGCGCCCUGCUCAACGCUGCUGUGCCGGAGCAAAGGGCCGUCGCCUCGCUCUCGGCGGCUGUCAAGGACGUCUCCGAGUCGGCCUUCCUGCUCCGUUUCUCGUCAUUGCACCGACUGCUCAGAGUGACAGCCUGGUGUCUUCGAUGGCGACGGACCGGCACCCGGAGAUCUCGCACCACCGCUGACGCCGCACUCUCACUCAUGUCUUGCGAGAUCGAAGACGCACUCCUUCACUGGAUUCGCAUCACACAGACUCUGCACUUCCUCGGCGAGAUCACAACACUCAGCAAAGGACGCGCCUUGCCAGCCAGAAGUCCUCUCACCAAGCUGAGUCCGUUCCUCGACGACAGCGGUGUAAUGCGAGUCGGAGGACGACUGAAGAACGCCAUCCUGUCUCACGACGAGCGGCAUCCCAGCAUUAUCCCACCGGAGUCAAGGUUGACUCACUUGAUGGUGGAUUCCUGCCACCGGCGGACCCUGCACGGAGGAGUGCUCACCCUUGGGUUGCUCCGUCAACGAGUCUGGAUCCCACGUGGUCGAGCAGUCGUCAAGCGGGCGAUCCACCGAUGCGUCACCUGCACGCGGUGGAGAGCCGCCGCACCGCAACCACUCAUGGGCAAUCUGCCUCGGGAACGAGUGACUCCUGCACGCCCGUUCCUGCGCACCGGGGUCGACUACGCCGGCCCUAUCCUCAUUCGGGCCAGCAAGGGACGAGGCCACAAGGCAUCCAAGGGCUUCAUCGCAGUUUUCGUCUGCCUCAGCACCAAGGCGGUCCAUCUGGAGGCAGUCACGGACUACACGGCCGAGGCGUUCCUGGCUGCCUUCCGCCGCUUCGUCUCCCGGCGAGGCCUCUGCAGCGACGUCUUCUCCGACUGCGGCACGAACUUCGUCGGAGCUGACCGUGAGCUGCGGGAGCUGUUCUGCGCUUCCUCUUCCGACGGCCGUCGGAUAAUUCACGCAACAGCUUCCGACGGCGUGAGAUGGAGGUUCAACCCCCCCGCAGCACCACACUUCGGCGGACUAUGGGAGGCCGCCGUCAAAUCCACCAAACACUACUUCCGAAGGGUCAUCGGCGAAGCCACCAUCACUUACGAGGAAAUGGCGACCCUCCUCACUCAGGUGGAGGCGUGCCUAAAUUCGCGUCCGUUGCAGCCGCUGACGGACGAUCCCGACGAUCUGGCGGCGCUAACACCAGGGCACUUCAUCAUCGGCGCCCCCCUCGUGGCCGUUCCUGAGUUCCUCCGUCGCUCACGUCCGAGAAGGACAACGCUCUAUCUCGGUGGCAGCUUCUUCAAAAAAUGCGCGACCACUUUUGGGAACGGUGGACGCGCGAGUAUCUCAGCACUUUGGCGUCACGACCAAAGUAGACCAAGGACGAAGCCGGCCCGAGCAUCGGCGAUCUGUGCCUGCUGCGAUCGGAGAUCACGCCUCCGACGAGAUGGCCACUCGCCCGCAUCACGGCACUGCACCCAGGAGACGACGGAAUCACACGCGUCGUCACCGUCCGCACCGCAUCUUCGGAGUUCACUCGGCCACUCGCGAAGAUCAUCCUGCCAGGAGACAACGCCAGGGCAGACUCAUCGCAACCGGAUUCAGGAAAUCAAUGCAGAAAUGGGCGCGCUCGCUCUACAAGAGCCAGAUAUGCGGUAG